GGACGCGGACGCGCGUGCGCGCCCGGGGCCUCCCUCCCGGCCCCGCCCCCGGCCCGCCCGCCGCUACGGAAGGCGCCGCGCGCCCAGCGACGCGCACUUCCUCUCCAGACGCCCGUCUGCGAAGGGAGAGCCGAGGGCACGCUCGACGGGAGCAAGCCGCCGCCGCUUUGCUGGACGCUGGCCGGACGCGGAGGCCCCGCUGCCGCCUUGUCUCCGGGAGCAGGCAUGUCCGAAGCAAGUAAGCUGGGGUGCGACCCCAUGGAGGCCGCCGCCGCCGAGGGCGAGGCGCACGGCGCCCCCGCGAGUCCCGGGGGUCCCUCCGAGGCCGCGUCCACGUCCGAGGCCGCGGGGCCCGACAGCCGCCCGCUAGGCCCCGGCGACGCCCCGGCUGCCUCGCCACCGCCGCCGCCGCCCGCCGCCGCCGCCGCCGCCGAGGCCGGGGGCGACGAAGAAGACCCGAAGGCCCCGCUGCAGGCCGCCGCCGCCGCCGCCGCCGCGGCCGCCCAGGCCCAGCCGGCCCCGCGCGCCGGCCCCGCCGCCGCGGGCCCCGCCGCCGCCGCGCCGCCCACCGCGGCGCAGCUGGUGCAGAAGGCGCACGAGCUGAUGUGGUACGUGCUGGCCCGCCAGCAGCGGCGCGCGGCGCUCUGGUUCCCGGACAUGGUGCGCGACGUGCUGAGCGGCGGCUACAAGAAGUGGUGCCGCAGCAUCCUGCGCCGCACCAGCCUGCUGCUGGCGCGCGUCUUCGGCCUGCACCUGCGCCUGGCCAGCCUGCACACGCUCGAGUUCUCGCUGGUCCGCGCGCUGGAGCCCGCCGAGCUGGAGCGGGUGGCGCUGGGCGCCGCGGCCGGCGGCGGCCCCGGGGGCGCCGGGGGCCGCAUGCCCAUGAUGGGCCUGCUGCUCAUGGUCCUCGGCCUCAUCUACGUCAAGGGCCGCGGCGCCCGCGAGAGCGCCGUGUGGAACGUGCUGCGCAUCCUCGGCCUGCGCCCCUGGAAGAAGCAUCCCACCUUCGGCGACGUGCGCCGCCUGCUCACCGAGGAGCUCGUGCAGCAGCGCUACCUCAAGUACCAGCGCGUGCCGGGCGCCGAGCCCCCCGAGUACGAGUUCCUGUGGGGCCCCCGCGCCGCCCGCGAGAUCACCAAGCUGCAGAUCAUGGAGUACCUGGCGCGCGUCUUCAAGAAGGACCCCCAGGCCUGGCCCACCCGCUACCGGGAGGCCCUGCAGGAGGCCCGGGCCCGGCGCGCGGCCGCGCCCCCGACUCCCUGCCCCCGCAACAGCUUCUCCGAGGACUAGCUCGGCUGGCUGCUAGCUCGCUUGCUAGCUGCUAGCUGGGUCCUCGGAGCGAGGCAGGCAGGGAAGGAAGGGGGGGAGUCCUCCUCUCUCUCUCUCUGUCUCUCUCUCCCCGGGUGUUUAACCCUCUCUCACCAGGCUGGUGGGAGGGGGGAUGAGGGAAGAGAUCUGUGUAGAGUCUGGAUAGAGGGUUUUGCAGCAGCAGCAGCAGCAGUCUUUCAGCAGCUGUGAACAGGUUUUAAGUUUUUGGUUUUUUUUUUCCCCCAGCUCCUGUGCUUUAAGAUACCACCUUUGAGGAAUGCCAUCUUUGUAUCUUGUUUUUCAGCCCUCUUUCGGAGAAGGUAGUGGGUAGGAGGUUCCGACACCCCCCCCCCCCCCCCCCCGCAUGUCUUGUUUUCUAAGGAACCUCUCUCUCUCUUGUUGGGUGCUUUUGGCUUUCUGUUGCUGCCUUUCUUGAAUUUCCCCCCCCCCCACCCUUCACCCCCCACCUUUUGUACCAGAGAUGUGCUAAAAAAAACAACAAAAAACACACAAACAACAGCCCACACGUGAAGCGUUCCAUCAUAAUUCUCUUUCUAUGGGACGAAGGACGUUGUGUAACAUCGGAGUGGUGGACUGUGCCCCAGGCGAGUGGGGAUGGGCGAGAAGGACUCCACCGGGAAAAAAGAAGAAAGAAGAAGAAG